AUGGCCUGCCGCAGCGGGGCUCGGAGUUCCAGGGUGCUCCCACGGCGGAAGCCCACGCCACUGGCACCAAAGCUGCAUCCUGGCACCGGGCUGCCGUUAUCUCGUGCUCGUGGACAGCACCUGCUUCACAAUAGAGGUGUCUUGCAGAAGCUCAUUGAUGCGGCGGACAUUCGAGCGUCGGAUUCGGUGUUUGAGGUGGGAUGCGGCACCGGGGAGUUGACCACUGAGCUGCUGCCACGAGCACGCAAGGUUUACACCAUCGACCUUGAUGAGCGCAUGGCUCAAGAAACCCAGAGUCGAGCACAAGCCAGCGGUUUCCAGAAUCUGGAGGUGGUCACAGGGGAUGCCUUGCGCGUGCCCUUGCCACGUCGCUUUGAUGUUUGCGUGUCCAAUUUGCCCUACAAAAUCUCGGCCCCCAUCAUCUUCCGCUUGCUGCGCCGGAUCUCGGAGGGCCAACCAUGGCGCUCUGCCGUGCUCAUGCUUCAGAAAGAGUUUGCAGAUCGGCUUCUCUCAGAUCCUGGCGAGAAAGGUUUUUCGCGGCUGGCGUUGAACGUCCGGCUGUUUGCCCGGGCAGUGCGCCUCUUUGACGUUAGCCCGGGCAGCUUCACUCCGGCGCCGGAAGUGCACUCAACCGUUAUCCGUUUGGAGCCACGGAUCCCUGCACCAGAGGUGGAUUUCAACGAGUGGGAUGCGCUGAUCCGCGUGAUUUUCUUCAGACGCCGCAAGACGUUGAGAAGGCAAUUUACAAAGUUGUCUACCCUGUCCAUGCUGGAGCAGAAUUACAAGAUGUGGUGUUCACUCUCUGGUGUGAAGCCUUCUCCCACGCCCUUCCCACAGCUUGUUCUGGAAGUGCUGCAGGAUGAGGCAAUGCUACGGGAGCGCGCCUUUGCCAUGGACCUAGACGAUUUGCACUUGCUCCUCAAGGCCUUCAACAAGCGAGGCAGGCAGGGCCGUCAAGAUGGCACUCAGAAGCUUCUUGAUGCGGUGAAGACCAUUCCGGCCAAGGAGCUGAGCAGGUGGCAGCGGCAAAGCCUCCGCUCCGCGAUUCGCCUCAGCGUCUUGGACACCCAGGACGUUAAUGCCAGCACUGCCGUUCUAGCGCGGCGGGCGAAGAGCUGGAGCCCUUCCACACGAGGCUCGCUAUUUGCGCAAAGACGCUACAGCUUUCGGCUCGAAAGAUUUGGGGUGGAAAGUCUUCAAGUAGCGCUCAAGUCCACGGUCUGGAUCAUUGCAAAGACCCAACUUGCUGAGCUGCGGGCUGUGAAGCCCAUGGCUGGCGGGGGCAAUGCCAUGUCCACUGCCAAGAUGCUGGGACGGGCGGUUGGAGUGAGCCUUCUGACAGCGACGGCGCUGGUGGCAGUUCAAGUGCUCAGAAUCAAGCGCCGCCGCGGGCCUAAGGGCUUCAAGGACUUUGUGGCGACCAGUGUGCCACGGUCAGCUGAAGAGGAUUGUGCGCGGGACCGGUUCUCUGCCAAAAAGUUGCCCAAGAACAUUGAGGCCAUCGUCAUCGGCUCCGGUAUCGGUGGGCUGUAUUUGGCCGCCCUGCUGGCGAAGUCGGGGCGCGUGGUGGUGGUGCUCGAGCAGCACUAUGUGGCAGGAGGGUGCACUCACGAGUUCACCGACAAAGGUUGGACCUUCGACACUGGCGUCCACUACGUGGGCCGUGCGGAGAAGUAUGGCAAGCUUUUGGAGCUGGUGUCAGAAGAUCCCAUCGAGUUUGCCAAGAUGGGAAGCGACUCAGAUGGCUAUGUGUACGACCAAAUCAAGAUUGGCGAGGAAGCCAUUCACUCGCUGAGAGCUGGCAGACAAAACUUCAUUGAGGACUUGCAGAGGCGCUUUCCAGAAGAAAAGGAAGCCAUUGAGAGGUAUGUGGAGAUGGUGGUGAAGUGCAACAAAUCUGCAGAUUUGCACUUCUUUGGCAAACUUUUCCCGCGCUUUCUGCAACGUUUAUUGGACCCACUUCUGUCCGCGAAGUUCAACAAACUUGCUUCACGCACGGUGAAAGAGGUGAUGGAUGAGCUAUUCCAUUCAGAGCUGUUGAAGGCCAUCCUUUGUGGCCAAUUCGGGGACUACGGUAUGACCCCGUCCUCGGCCUCUUUCUUCAUCCAUGCAGGAAUUGUGAGCCAUUACCUGGAUGGGGGCUACUACCCCGUGGGUGGUCCACAGAACAUCAGCCGCGGUCUUAUCAAGACCAUCGAGAAAGCGGGCGGCCGAGUGCUAGUCAACGCUCCAGUGGAGAAGAUCACCGUGUCCCUUGGCCGCGCCGCGGGGCUCGUGCUGCGCAACGGCGCGGCGGUCGCCGCGCCGCUGGUGGUGUCGGCGGCUGGGGCGGAGGCCACGGCCAAGCUGCUGCCGGGCGUUGCGCCGCCGGAACGCUUGGAGGGGGGCAUCAGUCACAUGUAUGCCUUCAUCGGCCUGAAAGGCAGCAAGGAAGAACUGCAGCUGACGACCUCCAACUUGUGGGCGUUGCCGUCCAAGGAUAUUGAGAAGGACUUGCAGAGCUACUAUGCAGAUCCGUGGCCCUUCGUCGAUGAUGGCAGCAUGCUACUCUUUGUGGGCUUCCCCUCGGCAAAGGAUCCGCAGGCAGAUCCGCAAAGGAGUACCUGUGUAAUCAUUUGCGAAGCCAAGGAGGAGUGGUUCCGCGAUUGGAAAGGCGAAAAGCAGGGCAGACGUGGUAAAGACUACGAGCAGGUGAAGCGGAGAUUCCAGGAUGGCAUGCUGAAGGGCCUCUUGAAACACUUCCCCCAACUCGAAGGCCGCAUCGAAUAUGUGGAGAUGGCCAGUCCCUUGUCCAAUCGACACUAUUUGAACCGUGCUGCAAGCUAUGGAUUGCAACAUCCGCCAACGAGAUACACGGUGAAGGAGGGUCUCCGCCCGGGCUCCAACAUCGAAGGCUUGUGGCUGACUGGGCAGGAUGUGACGACCAACGGCUUUGCGGGCGCCUUGAUGGGCGGCGUGGUCACGGCGCACGGUGUCCUCGGAUAUGGCUUUCUGGAGCUGGCCCUGUGUGGAAGAGACGCUUGGUGAGAUGGAUGGGGAGGUCUUGCUUGAGAUAGUGGCAUGGCCUGAGGAUUUGAUCACCGACAUGAUGAGCGUCCAAUGAGCAGUUUUGCGCGAUAUUUGGCUCUAUGGCAGGCGUUAACGCCUGCUAUGUUGCAAGUGUCUGCCACUUGGGUUUGGACUUGUUGCCUUUUCGCCCGGCGCCGCAACGCGCGCCUCGCGACUUCGUGGAGCCCUGGGUGUGGGUAGAUUCACCGCAGCUUCCGACCGAAGCGGAACUUUCGCAGUCGACCCUUGCCCAUGGCUUUUCUGCAUCUUCCAGAACAGAAGACUUGCGGUAGCGAGAAGGCUUGGUGCCGAAGCCUUUUGCUUUCAAAGCCCGUUGUCCCAACAUUGUGCAAGUGCAUCAACAAGCACAGCGCAGCACAACACGCACACAGUGCCUUUUUCUGAGCGAAGAUGGAGCAGCCGCGAUUGUAGCGCAUGGAAAGAAAACAUAAUGGUGCUCACAAACACAGCAUUGGGACGGCUGGCUAGAAACUUCGGUCGUGGGGAAGACCACUUUGGCGAUUAUCAGAGACACCACAGUUAGCUCAGUGCAGAACAAGCCCAUUGACCAACGCCCUCUCCAGUUCCGCUCUGUCCAGUGAACUUGUUCCGAGGCGCCGCACACGUUGCAUCCGCGAAACCCGCAAGGCACAACACCCCAAAGGACAGCAUUGGUCUGCGCUGCAGCGCUGUGCUGUGCUGCGCUGUGCCCUGCUGUGCUGUCCUGCUGUGCUGCUCUGUGGAAGAGCUGCUGUGUUUGUGUUGUGCGUGUGUGUUUCCGCUUCGCCGUACAGGUUUCGCUGUGCCUCUCUGCUGAGUUUGUGCGACAGUGAUGCCGCUGCCCUUACGUGCUGGGGUGGCGGGGCAGGGCCGGGUGGACACGCCCAGGGCCACCACCUUGCCUUCUGUCAGAUGUUGUGGCAACAAGUGGAGUUGCCUGAGUUCCCAAAAAAACCCGCAGACCCUAGAAUGCUGAGAGGUCAGUGUCAAUGACAGGGGAACAUGCAUGGUCUGACACGGGUGUCUGGGCACAAGUGGCUGCAAGCAACACUGAGUUGGGCUUG